CCUGCUUAUGACUUUCCCCGGGAAAGCAGUUUGGCGCGGACUGUAGUUGCUUCUGUUGUUGUUGUGUUACUACAUUAGUGACAGAGCAGCUGUCAGACAACAAAAUCGACGCUCAUGGCUCCGGUGUCAAACCCAGAUAAAGAUGUGGAAAGUCCGAGCGGCGAUGAUGGAGGUGAUUCCUGUGGACUGGCCAAGUCUCGCUCCAGACGAGAGAAGAGAGAGAAGGUGGGGAGGAAGUCUGCACUAGAGCAGCUCAAGAAGGCCAAGAAGGGGGAGAAGAUCAAAUAUGAAGUUGAGGAGUUCACCAGUGUGUAUGAGGAGGUGGACGAGGAGCAGUACUCAAAGAUGGUGCAAGAGCGACAGGAGGACGACUGGAUCAUUGAUGAUGACGGAACAGGAUACGUGGAGGACGGGAGAGAAAUCUUUGAUGACGAUUUGGAGGAGGAUGUAGUGGAGAACAAGAAAGGAAAAGCAGGUGCUAAAGCAGCAAACUCUAAGAAAGGUGCGAAGAAACCUGUCGUGGCCAAACCCAACACGAUCAAGAGUCUCUUCAUGAACAGCAAUGUCAAGAGGCCUGCUGAGAAAGACGUGGACCUUUCCAAAGACGACUUAUUGGGAGAUAUCUUACAGGAUUUGCAUUCUGAGAAACGAUCUCCUCUUGCUCCUCCACCUGUGGUCACUCUGAAGAAGAAGAAGUCUCUUGGAUCACCCAUGAAUCCAUUUUCCAUCAAAGCUCAAACACCAAAGGAGUCGCCCUCCGCUAAGACGCUAAAGGCUAAAGUGAUCCGUCCACCGCCUUCUGAUCCGACCCCGAGGCCGUCAGCUCGUCUUCCUCCCUCCACAACUGCUCCUCCUUCAGAGAAGCAGAGAGUAAAAGUGGAGGAACCAGAAGAAGAGGAAGUCAAUGACGCUCUGGCAUUUGAUGGUGUGGAUUUUGAUGAACCGAUGGAGGUUGGAUUUGAGGAGAAGACGCCCGCAGUGACAGAGGAAGCUGAGCCUAAAGCAGUGGCUGCGGUGAAGAUGGAGGCUAAAGCAGAGACUCUGGAUCCUGCUCUAUUGUCUAGCAGGAUUGGAGGCUCGUGGGGACAGGAGGAGGAGGGAGCUGUCAGUGAGGCUCCAGCAGAGGUGCAGGUGGACUCCAGCAAACUGCCCCUAGUGGAGGGGCCAGAGGGGGACCAGGUGUUCCGCUUCUAUUGGUUGGAUGCCUUUGAAGACCCCUACAGUCAACCAGGUGUAGUGUACCUGUUUGGAAAAGUGUGGAUCGAAUCUGCAAAGUCUCACGUCAGCUGCUGUGUUUCCGUCAGGAACAUCGAGCGCACCAUGUACUUCCUGCCUCGUGAAUAUAAAGCGAACCCUAAGACUGGGGAGGUGUCGGACACUCCUGUGAAGAUGAUGGAUGUUUACCAGGAGUUCAACGACCUCUCGGAGAAGUUCAAGAUCAUGAAGUUUAAGUCCAAGAUGGUGGAGAAGAACUACUGUUUUGAAAUUCCAGAUGUGUCCAGUCAGAGCCAGUACCUGGAAGUCCGAUAUUCCGCUGAGUUUCCCACGCUACCCUCCGACCUUAAGGGGGCGACGUUCUCCCACAUUUUUGGCGCCAACACCUCCAGUUUGGAACACUUUCUCCUCAGUAGGAAAAUCAAAGGGCCUUGCUGGCUUGACAUCAAAACACCACAGUUGAUCAGCCAGCCGGUGAGCUGGUGUAAAGUGGAGGCUCUGGCCCUGAGGAGUGACCUGGUCUCUGUGGUUAAAGACCUGUCCCCUCCACCGGUCACCGUCAUGUCCAUCAGCCUCAAGACGAUCCAGAACCCCAAGACGCACCACAACGAGAUUGUGUCACUAGCUGCACUUGUUCAUUAUCAGUUCCAUAUGGAUAAAGCUCCACCUCAACCUCCCUACCAGACCCACUUCUGUGUGGUCAGUAAACCUGCAGACUGCAUUUUCCCAUACGACUUCAGAGAUGCUGUUAAGAAGAAGAAUGGGAAGGUGGAGAUCGCUGCUACUGAGCGGACUCUGCUCGGCUUCUUCUUGGCCAAGAUGCACAAGAUUGACCCGGAUGUGCUUGUGGGUCACGACAUCUUUGGUUUUGACCUGGAAGUGAUUCUGCAGAGGAUCAACGUCUGCAAGGUUCCACAUUGGUCCAAGAUGGGACGUCUCAGGAGGGCCAACAUGCCAAAAUUAGGGGGUCGUGGUUCCUUUGCAGAGAAGAGCGCCACCUGUGGCCGUCUGGUGUGCGACGUGGAAAUCUCAGCCAAGGAGCUCAUCCGCUGUAAAAGUUACCAUCUGACCGAGUUGACUGCACAGGUGCUGAAGACAGAGAGAGUCACAGUUUCUCAGGACGACAUCAAAAAUCUCUACAAUGACUCCCCUCACCUGCUCUACCUGUUGGAGUUGACGUGGACGGAUGCCAAGCUGAUCCUCCAGAUGAUGUGUGAGCUCAACGUGUUGCCACUGGCCCUGCAGAUUACCAACAUCGCGGGGAACGUCAUGUCUCGUACUCUGAUGGGCGGUCGAUCUGAGAGGAAUGAGUUCCUGUUGCUUCACGCCUUCCAUGACAAAAACUACAUCGUCCCAGACAAACUGUCCUUCAAAAAGGCUCAGCUGGCUGAUGGUGAGGAAGACGUUGAUGCAGGGAAAGGCAAAAGAAAGAAGAAGGCUGCCUAUGCUGGAGGUCUAGUGUUGGAUCCUAAAGUUGGUUUCUAUGAUAAGUUUGUGCUGCUGCUCGACUUCAACAGCCUGUAUCCGUCAAUCAUCCAGGAGUUCAACAUCUGCUUCACCACUGUGCAGAGGGAGGCUUACAACCAGAAGAAGAAACAUGAGGACGAUGACUCGGAGGACAUUCCCGAGGUUCCAGAUUCCGACCUGGAAAUGGGGAUCCUGCCCAAGGAAAUCAGGAAGCUGGUUGAGCGGCGUAGACAAGUCAAACAGCUGAUGAAACAGCAAGACAUCAACCCAGACCUUUACCUGCAGUAUGAUAUCCGUCAGAAGGCUCUGAAGCUGACCGCUAACAGCAUGUAUGGCUGCCUGGGAUUCAGCUUCAGCCGCUUCUAUGCAAAGCCCCUCGCAGCUCUGGUCACACACAAGGGUAGAGAGAUUCUGAUGCACACAAAAGACUUGGUUCAGAAGAUGAAUCUGGAAGUCAUCUAUGGAGAUACUGACUCAAUUAUGAUCAACACCAACAGCAGGUCUCUGGAGGAAGUCUUCAAACUUGGGAAUAAGGUGAAGGCGGAAGUGAACAAGCUGUACAAACUGCUGGAGAUCGACAUUGACGGUGUGUUUAAGUCACUUCUACUGCUGAAGAAAAAGAAAUACGCCGCCUUGGUUGUGGAGAACCACGGUGAAGGACAGUACAGCGUCAAGCAGGAGCUUAAAGGCUUAGACAUUGUCCGCAGGGAUUGGUGUGACCUGGCCAAAGAAUGUGGCAACUAUGUGAUUGGUCAGAUCUUGUCGGACCAGAGUCGGGAUGUCAUUGUGGAGAACAUCCAGAAACACCUGAUGGAAGUGGGGGAGAAGGUAGCAAAUGGAUCUAUACCUCUCAACCAGUACGAGAUAAACAAGGCGCUGACUAAGGAUCCUCAGGACUAUCCAGACAAGAAGAGCCUCCCUCACGUUCAUGUGGCACUGUGGAUCAACUCUCAGAGUGGCCGACGGGUCAAAGCCGGAGACACAGUCUCAUACAUUAUCUGCAAGGAUGGCUCUACGCUGGCAGCCAGUCAAAGAGCCUACGCUUUGGAACAACUCCAGAAGCAGGAGGGACUCAGUCUGGACAAUCAGUACUACCUGGCCCAGCAGAUCCACCCCGUGGUGUCUCGCAUCUGUGAGCCCAUCGAGGGCAUUGACGGUGUGGUCAUAGCCACGUGGCUGGGUCUGGACCCCAGCCAGUUCCGGGCUCAGCAGCAGUACCAGAGGGAGGAGGAGGCCGAAGACACGCUGGGAGCGACGCUCCAACUGAGCGAUGAAGAGCGUUUCAAAGACUGUGAGAGGUUCACGUUCACCUGCCCUCAGUGUGCCACUGACAACAUCUACGACAGCGUCUUUGAAGGAGCUGGAUCAAAGUUGGAGCCCGGCUUGUUGCGUUGUUGUCACGUCCCCUGUGGAUGCAGCCCCAUCGACUACGCCGUCAACAUCAGCAACAAACUGCUGCUUGACAUCCGUCGCCACAUCAAAAAAUACUACUCUGGCUGGUUGGUGUGCGAGGACCAGAUCUGUCAGAACAGGACCAGACGUUUGCCCAUCGCCUUCUCCCGACACGGACCCAUCUGCCCCGCCUGCACCAGGGCAACUCUCCGACCUGAGUACUCUGAGAAGGCCCUGUACAACCAGUUGUGCUUCUACAGGUUCAUCUUCGACUGGGACCACGCUGCCGCCAAAGUUCAGACUGAAGAGAGAACUCGAGUUGGCAGUUGGAACAAGGAGAAGGAAGUGUACCGGAGGCUGAAGGAAGUGCCCGACAAAGUGUUGGCCACCAGUGGCUACUCGGAGAUUAAUCUGUCCAAACUCUUCCAGGCCUUCUCCACCCUCAAGUAAAACAACACUCUCACACCACCACCACCACCACUGGGAGACUCAAAGCUGGACAUUAGCUGGACAAACUAUGAAAAUAAAGCUCUUUUCUCAGUUUUUUUGGUAUUUGUAAUGUAAUAUAAUGGAUUAUUUUAGGCUCUGACCUUCAUAUCACUCUCCGUGGACCUUUUUUUUUGUAUAGCUUCAAAUCAAAUCACACCCCUUUUCUCCACCACUUUCUUCACACACACACACACACACACAAUGACACUGAAGUACACACUUCUGGUUUGACCCCAUCACCCAGGCUCUGUAUGGUAAAGGGGAGUAGCAAUCAUACUUAAAUGACAGUCUAUUGUGUGUGUAUGGAGGCUGGCUGUGUCCGUGUGUGUGUGUGUAAAAAUGACUUAUUCUCAGAGCAGCCAGCGUACUCCAAAAGCCGCUAAUUAGCCAAUGAUAGUGACUCUGGUCACUAAGACCACUGGAUGCCUGCAGUGAUCGGACACUUGUUCUGAUUACCACCAUUCAUCCCGAGUGUGCGAGUGUGUGCGUGUGUGUGUGCGUGUGUGUGUGCGCGUGCGUGCUCACUCACACUCCUGUGUGUCAGAUCAGAUAAUGACAGAACGAAUAAGGAGGAUGCAGGGAGUGACAGGGUGAAGGAGGCCACACGCGCUGCUCCCUCUCUCUCUUUUGUCUCCAUAUCGAACAGCUCAUCUCCUUCUCCUCCACUGCCUCUGUUUAACUGAUGUCAUUUGAUCCAUUUCACUCCUCUCCUCCUCCCUCCUCCGUUCAGAUUGUGUUUUAAUGUGUGUAAUUUUCCAUGUAUCCCUCUUGCGUUGCUCGGGAGGGUUUAUGUAACGAUUUUUUUUUUGUAAUGACUAGAAUAUUUCGUGUUUUGAUAUUGAUGAGAAUCGUCUUGAUACUGAAACUUCAAUAAAAGUCUAAAUAGA